GUCCGUCCAAAGCAAAACAAUACACGGAAAAACAUAAAAAUCGUCAAUUAUCGACUAUUUUCGCGUCUUACCUUCCUAAAUUAUACAUCUGAGCGAAUUGGUCGUGUCUUUUUUUCAACUGCUAUUUUGGAUCUACCCCAGUUACGGGGUUGUUUAUCUGUAGUAAGGGGAACUUGAAACCGUCCUUGCCCCAUGUCCUCGGUUGUUUUUCUUCUUUCGCCUGGAUUCUCCAUGUUGUUGGAGAAAAAGUGAGGGCUUUACCUAGACUAGUGGAGGCUAUGGAUAAAUAUACGAGCGAUAAAGUAAACCGAGACGCGAAGCCUAGAAAAUAGCAGAUAAGAUAAAACAAAACAAAGUGUCAUGCCCCUCCCAUGUGGAAGAGAAUAGAAGGCGGGAAUAAAUAAAUAUCACAAUAAUUUGUCGCCGUAGGUUUGAGAUAUUUUUGAUCGAACGGAAAUUAUUCAUUUCAAGCAUCGCUAGCUUUUAAUGCCACUAAAUGCGGACCGACUGUUUGUCGCUGGAAAAGGUUGGUUGGACGUUGAGGGUUGUGCGUUUGUUAGAUGGAAAGUUCUAUCAUCACUCAAGUGCAGAGAGAGGAUUCUCGGUUGCCUUCGAAAACAGAUCAGGUGAAUAAAAACUCACCUCAGAAACCUGGAAGUCGGAAUAUCUUUAAAAAGCUCAUCUGUUGCCUUCGAGCUCAAGAUGCCCAGCUGCCAACAUCACCUACCCAUGAUGCCUUGCUAGCACCUGAGGACAAUGGGACCAUUGCCAAAACACCAGGAGAGUGUCUGCUGCCAGCAGUGACCUCUCAGGACCAGGGGAAGAUCUGUGUGGUCAUAGAUCUGGAUGAAACACUGGUGCAUAGCUCAUUUAAGCCAAUAAGCAAUGCAGAUUUCAUUGUGCCUGUGGAGAUUGAGGGGACCACACACCAGGUGUAUGUGUUGAAGAGGCCAUACGUGGAUGAGUUCCUCCAGAGGAUGGGAGAACUGUUUGAAUGUGUUCUGUUCACUGCCAGCCUUGCUAAGUAUGCAGACCCGGUGACCGACCUGCUGGAUCAGUGUGGCGUGUUCCGGGCGCGGCUGUUCCGUGAAUCUUGUGUGUUUUAUCAAGGCUGCUAUGUUAAAGAUCUGAGUCGCCUCGGCCGUGAGCUCCACAAAACCCUGAUCCUGGACAACUCCCCUGCCUCCUACAUCUUCCACCCUGAGAAUGCUGUUCCUGUACUCUCCUGGUUUGAUGAUUCAGAGGACACUGAGCUGCUUCACCUCAUCCCAGUAUUUGAAGAGUUAAGUCAGGCUGAUGAUGUCUACAGCAGACUCGAACAACUCAGGGGUCCAUAAUCCCUACACCACCAGACCAGGACAAACCUCCAUGUUGUGUAGCACUGACUGCCAAUCACACACACAAGCGGCUCAUGACAUUAGACUCCGCCUUCUGACCUGAAAACAAACACGAAAGCUCAUAAUUCUGCUCAGCUCAAAGUAUAUGCAGUUCUGCUAUAUGGUUUGAGGGACCUUAAACAGUAAGUGAUGAUAAAUAUUGUGGUCAGAGGUCAGCUUUGUCUCAGUCAAUGAGCUUGCCUUUUGCAAUAACAAUUUACAGAUUUUAUAUUCCUUUUUUACUUUUAUAUUUUUUUGUUAUUAGAAUUUUUUUUUAUGUUUAUAAUGACAUCCUUUGGGAGAUUAAACAGUUUGCAAGGUCUAAUCAAGUCAUCGGUAAUCCGCAACUGUAUUUUGUUAUACAGCUCAUAAAGCACAAACUUUCAGGCCAAUCUCUCUAUGCAAGUUCUACCUGAAUUCAACCUCACUUUUUUAAUCUUUAGCAUUCAUAAUCAUCACUUUAAAGGAAAACUUGUGUUGCUAAUGUAUUCCAGAUUCCAGUGAAAUGGCACAAAUGGGAAUACACAUUGUUUUAUUCAACAUGCUAUGCAUAGUUUUUCCAUAAAUGCAAAUGUGACUCUUUGUUUCAGUCUUAUUACUUUACACAAGGCCUUGUUUAAACUGCACACUUCUCUACUGUCGCUGAAGUGCGUUAACAUGGCAUUAAAAUACCCGUUUUUACAGUUUUAUGUGAAUUACAACUACAUACCUUGACACUUCCUGUAUUCGUCUUAAAGUGGCCUUAUCUCUGCUUCAAGUGUACUUGAUGGGGUUUUAUUAUACGUGAGGAGCAGAAUUAAUACCACCGAAUGAACCAAAGAGAUUUAUCUUGUUCAGUUACUGUCCUUCUCUCUGCUGUAUUUAUGCAGACAAUUACUUGUGCUGGCAUUUGUGUGUAUAUUUGGUUGAACUUGAAAAUGUCCAUCUUUGUAUGAUACAUCUUUGAACUUGAAAAUGUCCAUCAUUGUAUGAUCUGUUGAUGCAGACCAGAUACUCCACUUCUGUACUUCAUCUUAUAUUAUUUAAACAUUAUCAUGUUUAUGUUAUAAGUUCUUACUGUAGCACAAAUAUUCAAAAUGGCCGUGAUUUUUAUAAACACAGCAGUGUUCGAAGGGCAGAUUAUUGCCUUUUGGUUCAAAUUUGCCCUGAUAAGGUCUGUGUUGUCAAAUUUUUGACUUUUGUAUUGCCGACAAUAAAUUUUUUCUGUGCAACAUUA